AUGACGACCCAGUUGCUUGCCACGGAGCUCGCGAACCUCAUCUCAGAGAGCAAGCGAAAACAUACCGACCUCCGGCAGGCAGCCGAGAAAGCUCUCGAGGAGCUCAAAGCCAUCACCAACAAAGCAUCCAACGAGGGCCAAGCCAUAGCUGAACUCACGCAACGGCCCAACUUUGUCAACCCCUUCGUCAUUGCUUGCGGCACUAAGAAUACCAAGUUCACCGCCAUCGCCAUCGUCUGUCUCCAACGGCUCAUCCUUGUCCGGGCCUUACCCAGAGGAAAGCUCAGUCAUGUCCUUGAGGCCUUGAGGGAGGCCACGUCUGCUGGACUCGAUGUGCAGCUCAAAAUUCUGCAAAUUCUACCCACGCUGCUACAGAACUACGCUGGGGAUGUGAAGGGCGACUUACUGGUCACAGCCUUGAAUAUCUGCUUCAUCCUACAGACUAGCAAGAAUGCCAUCGUCAACAACACCUCAGCUGCGACGCUGCAGCAGCUUGUGGUCUCCGUAUUCGAUAAGGUGGUCACCGAAGAUCCAGGCGAGGCUCCUACAGCGGACGCAGACAUCCCGCUUCGCGAAGCAGCCCUUGAUGCAUAUAGAAUCUUCAAAGACCUGUGCCUCAUGACGGAAAACCAGCGACCUGAGUAUCUCAGGCUGUCUGCUUUGCCGCAGACCUUUGGCCUCGAGCUGAUAGAAUCUGUUCUGACGAACCAUGCGGCGAUCUUCGUCAGCCACCCGGAACAGGCGUUCAUUCUUCAGAGCCGGGUCAUGCCGUUCAUCAUCAGCGCCCUGAAGGACAGGCCAAACUUUGCGACCUCGGUGCGACUCGACACGGCUCUGUGGAAACGAGCUCUCUGUAUGGAGGUCUUCCGCGGCAUUUUCUCUGAACAUGCUCUCCUCCGCCGGAUCUUCAUGCUUUAUGAUGCCAGAGAAGGCGAGAAAAACAUCCUCCAGACGCUGACGGCAACCUUUGUCCGGAUAAGUACCGAAAAACCUGCGGUCAUCGGACUGGGCCAUCAGUCAACUUUGCCCGUGGCGAAUCCGUAUGCCCAUUCCGGCGCGACUGCUGACCAGGUCGUUCUGGAAACAGGUGGCGUCACCGGUAUCAUGAGCGGCUCGGGCGGAUCUGAAGGCUCCAACACCGGAAUCAGCUCUCAAUGGAGCAACAUGCGAGUCCCUUGCAUUGAUCAGCUGGACAAGACGGAGCCGCCAUCCAUCCCGGAGUCGUAUAUUUACAGUCUUACUUUGUCCUGCAUCUCGUCCUUCUCAGAAGGGCUGGCCAAGUUCAUCCUGCCCCUGACAGUUUCGGCAGAGGGGAGAAGCCGAAAGAGAAGCAUGAGGCAAGACAUCGGGCGAGAAUCCCCGGCACCAAAUGCAGAAGACUCUCCUCAUGCACUCGGUCCUCGAGGUCAUCUUGAGCGAGCUGGGUCUUUCAAGAGAAACCCAGUGCCUCGAAACCCCCUCACAUUGGAAGACCAUCCAUUAUACGCCGAAGUCAAGAUUUGUGCUGCGAUUGUAGACGAAUGCUGGCCCGCCAUUCUCGCAACCUGUUCGACGUUCCUCUACGCGGCGCUAGAUUCCGAAUACUACCACAGUCUGGUCAGGGCGUUCCAGAAGUUUGCCCAUGUUGCUGGCCUGCUUCAAUUGUCAACACCACGAGAUGCCUUUCUUACGACGCUCGGAAAGGCCGCGGUGCCUCCCAAUGUGUUCACUGCUUGCCUAAACGCCGGCAGCAACGCGCGUACCCCUAGUUUCGAUGCAUCAAGUACAUCCCACAACAGUAUUCUCAGCAACGCCAAGGGAUUGCUCAGUGUGGACAGUCUAGUCGGACAAGGCUCCUCGGCAGCGGAAAGAGGUCGUCAGCCCUCAGUUGACGCCAGCGGUGCCACUCUCACAACCCGAAAUUUGCUUUGCCUCCGGGCGCUGCUAAAUCUUGGCAUUGCUUUGGGCCCUACGUUGGGGCCAUCAUGGCGCAUCAUACUAGCAACACUUCAACAGGCCGACUUUGUGCUCUUCUCAACUCACAAGACACCGUCGAGGACACCAACCGCGAUUCGGGGUCAAGACAAUCAAGUCGAAGGAGAUUCCAACUCGCUAGUAGUCAACUUUGGCACAGAAACAAAGGCAGUUGAGACGGCAGCAUCACGUCUAAUUGAAAGCACGGUUGACUUCCCCAACGACGCAUUCAUACAGGUCGUCGAUGCGAUUUGCGCUCUCCUAAAUACGAAUGCCGAAGACAAAACAGAGGGAGGCAGUCGGCCCCAGUCGCCCACAGGCGGCGCUACUUUGAAGCCAACGAGCCAACAUCGAAAAGCAGCGGGCCCGUCGUCUGGUGCUUCGGCGCCCAAUCAACAAGACCAGUUCGCUUUGGCCAAACUUGGAGAUAUUGCCACCAUCAAUAUCGAGCGACUCUUGUCAUAUCCGCCUGAUGUGUCAGGCUGGAGCUCCCUCGUUUCUCAACUUGCCGAGACCUUGAAUUCCACGACUGCUAAUGCGCCGGUCCGCCUGAGAGCUGCGGAGAUUCUCGUGAACCUUGCGCUGGAAUCAGCCAACGUGGCUUUGACGCUCGAGCCCGAAGAGCGUGGUCCUGUCCAGCUACAAGUCCUCGAGUCGAUGCGAAAUGCCCUACGGCCACUUGAGAAGGAAGAUCGCGAUACUUCGGUGGCAAACCACGCAACAGAUGUUGAGAUACACAAAGUCAUUCUUGAGGGGUUGAAGAGCCUUCUGGAAAACUGCGGCGAGGCACUUGUUAGCGGGUGGGAAAUCGCCUUUGAGAUCAUCGGCUCUAUCUUUGUGAACCGAACGAUUGCACCAGACAACCGCAAGCGUUCGGAUUUACCGGCGGCCACACUCCUAACAAGAUCCCCGAAACUAGUUCGUUCAUCAUUCAGCUCGUUGCAGCUCAUUUGUUCCGACUUUCUUACAUCACUCCCAAACGACUGUUUUCUCAUUCUCGUUGAUACCCUUUACAAGUUCUCUUCGCAAUCUGACGAUCUCAACAUUGCUUUGACGACCGUGACAUUCUUCUGGGUUUUGUCGGAUCACCUCUCAGGAAAGAACAAGCCAAUGUCAAUUACGACGAGCCUCAUGGACGGCGCAGAAGUAUCGGACCUGGCCGCACUCGCAGGCAAUCCCAAGCACAAGUCGUCAAAUGCUGCCCUCUGGAUGCUUUUGUUACUUCGCCUCACUACUGUCACAGCAGACGAUCGUUUAGAGCUUCGUAACAGCGCCAUCCAGACCCUGCUCCGCAUCUUUGACGCCUACGGCGACAAUUUGAACCCAGAGGCAUGGUUCACCUGCGUCAAGUUUGUCAUUUUUAGGCUUCUGUCAUCAAUCGAAGACGAACUUCGUUCACCAAAGGCUAACGAGGGGGAUGAAGAGGAUCGGAAGGAAUGGCACGGAACAUCAGUCCUCGUGCUCAAUGGCAUUUCCGAGCUCUUAGCCUCGUACCUAAAUGUUCUCUCGAAGCAUCCAUCGUUCAACAACUUGUGGCAAGAGCUCCUUGCUCAUUUUACCACACUCUUGGACUUCAAGAUCUUAGACGUCAGCACCGCAACCUUCAAGGCACUCGGUCAGAUCCUCGCCCAGGGACAGCCCCACCACAAGUCGAGUUUCAGCAAAGGUACCGUCGACACGGCGUGGCAAUUAUGGUCGCGAGGCAUCCCUGUGGCGGCGGGAGACGACGGCACGAAGAACGACAAUCAAAACUGCCUGACCGCCUACGUAGGCGCGUUCCACGAUGUUUACCGAUUGGUCAGCGCAGACUUGACGGUCGAGCGGGUUCGCCAAAUGUUGACCUUGUUCCGAGAGGCGUUGCAACGGGCCACGGUGGGCGCGUACGUCAAUGAUGUUGAGUACACGACGCCUCUCCAGAAUCAGGUCCUGGAAGCCAUCAAGACAAUCCGGACGGACCUCGAAGGCGUACCAUCGGCCAUGAUCUCACAAGUCGCCGAGUUCGUGCGACUGCCAUUCAAUCGCGAUCCCGCGAGGGAAGGGGCAUCCAAGCGCACCUAUGUUGCCAUGUCCAAAGGCAGCAUGGCUGUCUUGCAAAGAUUGGUACUGAUCCAUGCUGGCGACGCCGAUGUGUAUGCCAGUGGGGCCUUUUCGGCAGCACUGUCGGCGCUGUCCAAAGCAAUCAUUCUCAAAUACCGAUUCCCCAUCGUCACGAAAUCUACCCAACCCUGGAGGCUCGCAACUGAUUCUACUUUGGCCGUCUUGGAAGGAACACUGCCCCAUCUACACACGCUCGACGUGCCGAGAGAAACCAUUCCUGACAUUUGGCGGCUGAUAGUUGAUGCUGCUGACGGCAUCAUCAGCGCCGACAGCGACACGGCGCCCGACAAGACGGAUAUUCUGGACGACGAGGCCUUUGACAUCAAGUCGUUCCGUAAACUGCGGGAGCUGAUUAUUCCCUCGCUCGGCGCAGAGGUCAUUCCCGACAAGACGCGCAAAGCCUAUGCAGAGAGCCUGUUCCGAACGUCGAUGAUUCACACCCCACCGCCGGGCGAUUCGGCGCUCGGUGCUGAUGGUGCUGGCCUCUCCGCGAUGUAUAAGCCGCGAAAGGGCCGCACGUCCGACCCAGCGGCCAAGGCACGAUCAAAGAUGAGCUACGUCUGUCUCGAGGAGCUCUUUUCGCUCGUCGCCACGCACGACGAGGAUACGCCCGGGCCGUCCAUCACCAUCCAACCACCGACCCCUCGCUGGCCGCCUCCCGCCCUCACCCUGCCUCCUCCGGCACCCGAACCGAUCAGCAGCCUCCAUGUCCGGACCGCUCGUGCCACAGCACCGUUCCUCAUACUGAGGGCCGCCCUGCCGCUGCGGGCCUUCAUUGCCGACCAGCCCCUUCGAGGCCGUAUGCCGCAGCCCCUCUCACAACGACGGGAGCUCCUUCGCCUGCUCGAGGCGCUCGUAGCCCUGCAGUCGCAGCCCGAGGCCAUUCCGGACUCGCCGAACGUGGAGUGUGAGACGAGAAAGCACCUCCUGCGGUUGUAUCCCCUGCUCGUGGCUGUCGUGCGCGUCGCUGGAGCGGCAGGUGACGAGGCCGUCUUGCAUCUCGGCACGGAAGCGUUGGAGAUUGUGGGCGGGGAGCUUGGGGGUUGA